AUGAUCUCUUCCACCAGAUCCCACUCUGUGCACUGCUUGAGCGCCACCUUAAAGCUGAUUACGGCAAAGACGAGUCUCACAAAGCAAGACGUGUGUGUGCUCGUGCAAUUUUUGGCUUCAAAGCUAGAAGACGAGAAAAGUACAGUUCAUGUUCUUGGCGGAUUGGCGUCUUUGGUCCAGACGAAGGCAUUCAUUCCCCACCUCAACGGCAAUUUGGAAACGGUUCUCAAUGCACUUACAUCGAAAUACGAGCCCAGAAAACACUUGGCCAAGGUCAGAUACGAGGCAUUUGCGUUGUUGAGUGUUUUAUUUGAAAACCACUCCGAUAACAUUGUCACCAGUCCCGAGUACGCCAACUUGUUCGUGGCGACUUUUGUUCAUGUGGCCACCAGCGAGAAGGACCCGAGAAACUUGCUCAUGUCGUUUCGUUUGAACUCGGCCAUCAACAAAAAAGUAACGUUCGAAGAUAGAUCCGUCAAUAAGACCCACGACCAGCUCUUGACCGAUUUGUUUGAUGUUUCCUUUUGCUACUUCCCGAUUUCAUUCACUCCGCCUGCUAACGACCCCUAUAAAAUCACUGCGGCCGAGUUGAAAGCGGAAUUGCGAGCCACUAUUGCUUCUCAAAGCCAAUUUGCGCAAGAUACAUUUCCUUCGCUUUUCGAGAAAUUGACGUCGACAAAUCCAGCAGUCCGCAACGACGUGGUGCAGACGCUUUUCCUUUGUGUGACUGAAUACUCCACAUCUACAAUCGAAGAGUACUGGAUCACAAUUUGGGACUCACUCAAGUUUGAAAUUUUGCACAAUGACAUGCUGGUUUUCAAACCUGAAACUGACUACAUUGUGCCUCCGAAUGCGCAGGAUCUCGAUGACACCGAUGACAACAAGACCUUGAUAUUCACGUUGAUGACGUUGAGCGCCAUUGUCCAGAAGUUCGUUGAGGCCGAGUCUGAUCUGUUGCAGAGCGUUAUUACUACAGUCCUCGAAGGGUUAAAGCCAAACUACUCUUCCUUGAACGACAAAACUUUGAAGCAAGCUGUCUUAUUAAUGACUUCAAUGGCCAGCGUCUCCUCCGAAAUGUUCGAUGCAGUGGUUGAAACGUUGUUCUCCUUUGAUGUUUGGGGCAAAUACAUUAGGAGCGACUUUAACGAAAUGGAAAAACAGGACCAAGAGGAUGAGGUGGAUGUGGCAUUGACUGUGGCUAAACAACGGGAGCUCAUUGACAACUUAGGGUUUGUGUUUUCCGCUCAUAAAGUGUUGAACAAACCCAAUAAACUCAUUGAGUACAAGGACCAUCUCUUGAUCUUCAUGGGGCAACUACUUCAAACGUCGUCAAAGUUGGAAAAAACAUUGAAAUGCAAACUAACACAGCAACUUGUCAAGUUGAUGUCGCUCAAUGAUUUUCUUACGCACGAAGACGUCACUUUGGUUUUAGGCUGGUUGAGUGAAAAUUUGUCCGCCAUAAUCUCAGGCACCUCCAACUGGGAGUCUGAUAUUCUUUUGAUUGAAAUAACAAAAGGUCUAGUUCACAUCAUGUCAGACGAAAGCGAAGAAUCUAUAAACUCCCACGUUACUGCGGUGGUUGAGACCGUCCUCCCAACUUUGUUGGAUAACACUUCAGAACCGGGCGUCUUGGACCUAAUUAGCAAGCUUUGCGCAAACUACAAGUUUUUGGAAGUUUUGUCUAUCCGCUUUUUGAACAAACUAGCCUACGACAACUAUGAUAGUGAGGUUUAUGCCAACAUAGUCUCGUGUUUGAUCAAAUCUUUUGUUCAAACACAGUCCGUCAAGCCAUUCUUGACAAACACUUGGUAUGAUAAUUUUGUUCCGAGGUUUUUGUCGGCCACCGUCAAAAAAUCUCAAGAUGAUUAUGUUGUGCUUGAGCUCAGUGGACGCCUUCUUGGUCUUAUAAUUCGCUACAUUGAAAAGUCCAAGCACCAAAAAAUUCUCGAGGAGAUGGUUCCUCUCUUCAUGGGCAAAAAGGAGUAUGCGGGUGUUUCAGUGGACAUUUUCCUGAACCCCACUCCUAAAGUCUGUCUUUUCAAGCAUUUGCUUUCCAAAAUAGACAGAACGUCCUCAUUUCCGUGUGAUGUCAAGGAAACGGUGGAUAAAUGUAUUGCGCUUUCAGCCAAAUCUUCCAGCGAGUUUGUGUCAAACGGCUACUUGCAAGUUUUGUCUUUAAUGGUUAAUAAGUUCAUCAAACAGAAUGACUCAAGCGUUGAUGAAUUACUCUCGAGACACUUUAAGGAAAGCGAGCAGAAUGUUCAACAACUAGAAGUUUCCAUUUGGAUUCUCAAGGGAUUGGUGAACAGAAUCGAUGCCAUUUCGCAAAAGUAUGUGGACACUUUGGUCGAGCAGUUGCUUCUGUCUCCAAACCACAAAUACUGUACUACAAUCAUUAAAUCAUUUGAUAUUUUGAUGGCAGACUUGGACAUUUUCAUGAACACAGAAAACAGCAAGGCCAAGAUCAUCUCUGGUGUCAUGAACUUGAACGUGAAGCUAUUGUACAAACAACAAAUUUUCGAAUAUGUGUUGCCCCAGUUGAUCAGCGCUUUUGGAAAUGCAUCAGACGAGAACAAAAGAGAGAUUUGCUUGGGUAUGUUGGCCACCAUGUUGAACAAUGUGUCUACGAAAAUCUUGAAGCCACACUUGAAGGAUAUCUUCCCUCUUGUCCUAGAUGGGUUGACAUACGAGAACGCUUCGAUCUUGAAAGCCUCGUUGCAGACAUUUAAGGUGAUUAUUUAUGAAUCUCCAGACUUAAUACUGGAAAACUUGGCCAGUCUUGUGACAAAAUUAAUAAGUUUGGGCACUUCCAAAAUCAUUGUCAACAAGAAGUUGGUGAACAACGAACAAAUUAGACUCUUGAGCUUGGACUGUCUCGAAGGCUUGUUCAUCAAAUUAGACUUGGGACAAGUCGUGAAGUACCAGACCUCAACAAGAAACCAGCUUAGCAUGGCACUGGACGAUCCAAAGAGAAGUGUUCGGAAAAAGACUUGCGAUGUGCGCCAAAUGCUUUUCGAAUUGGGCCGUUAG